AUGAAAUUAACUCCACAACAAAUAGUGGAUUUAUUAAAGGAUAUGAUUAUCCAAACAUUUUACGCAAGAGGAGAAAAUAAAUCAUUUUUUAAUGAAGGUGUUACAACAGCCGAAAAAAUGAUAAAGAAAUUUAAGUUAACCCAAUUAAUCCAACCAACUACUUUGGUUGUUAAUUAUUUUACAGUUCAUCAACAACAAGAAGAUGAACAAGAACAAUUAGUUAUUCAAAAUGAUCAACAAGAAGUUGAUCAACAACAUUUAGAACAAAAUGAAGAGCAACAAAAAGAAGUUAAUCAACAACAUUUAGAAAAAAAUGAAGAUCAACAACAAGAAGUUAAUGAAAAAAAUUUAGAAAAUAAUGAAGAGGAGCAACAAUUACACCUCUCAUUAACUCUUGAGCAUCAUCCUAUAGAUAGUGAUGAAGAAUUUAACUACAAAUAUAGGUGUUAUCAGGAUCCAAAUUCCCCACCAGCAACCCAAAAAUCACCAUCUCAAAAAAAAGAGCCAGAUGAGAUUAGUCAAGAACAAAUUGAAGAAAAUGAAAAAGAAGAGAGUCAAAUUGGGGAGAUGACCUUAUCGCAACAAAUAGAAGCAAAUAAUUUUCAAGAGUUUUUAAAAAAUCAUAAAGAACCCGAACCAAUAGUACUCGGUUUAACUCUUGAACAUCAUCCUAUAGAUAGUGAUGAAGAAUUUAACUACAAGUAUAAGUGUUAUCAGGAUCCAGAUUCACCAGGAAACCAACAACAAGAAGAAAAUCAAGCUGAAGAAAGCAAUCAAAAAAAUUCCCACCCACUUUUAAAUCAAGAUCAAAUGGAUCAAUAUGCAUCAUCUGAAGAUAAUGAUGAUGAAAAUCAAAAUCAAAAUUUACGUCUUUCUUUAACACUUGAGCAUCACCCUAUCGAUAGCGAUGAUGAUUACGAUUACAACUGGAAGUGUUAUCAAGAUCCAAACUCCCCAUCAUCAACCCCAAAAUCACCAGCUCAAGAUCAAGAAGAGCAAGAAGAAAAUGAUCAAAAUCAAGUUGAUAGUCCAGAACAAGAAAAACAGGUAGAAGAAUUAACAUUGUCGCAACAAAUUGAAGAAAAGAAUUUUCAAGAGUUUUUAAAAAAUCAUCAAGAACCUGAACCAAUAGUCCUCGGUUUAACUCUUGAACAACACUCCAUCGAUAGUGAGGAAGAAUUUAAUUAUAAUUAUAUAAGUUAUCAAAUACCAAAUAUUUCACCAAUAGCAUCAUCCCCAGUAAUCAAUCAACAAGAAAACUAUAUAGCUGAAGAAACCGACCAAAAUGAAAUUCAAGAAAAUCAUGAUCAACAAAAUGAAGCAGAGCAUUUGGCAAAACAAACAAAUCAAAAAGUCGAAGAAGAUCAACAACUCUAA